UCUGCCACCUGCCACCGGCUGCUCACGUACACCUGGAAAGAUGGCUGGCCCUUGGACCCUCAGCCUCCUCUGUGGUUUGCUGGCAGCCACCUUGGCUGAAGCCACCCUCAGCCCUGCUGCAGUCCUCAGCCUUGGCCCAGAAGUCAUCAAGGAACAGCUGACCCAGAAGCUGGAGGACCGCAAUGCCACCAUCAUCCUUGAGCAGCUGCCGCUGCUCAAUGCUAUGCAGGAGAAGCCAGCCGAGGGCUUCCCGCCGCUGAGCAGACUGAUGAACAGCAUCCUGAAAUCCAUCAUCUGGCUGAAGGUCACUUCUGCUAGCAUCCUCCAGCUGCAGGUCCAACCCUCAACCUAUUACCAAGAGAUAAUGGUCAAGAUCCCCCUAAACAUGGUGGCUGGACUCAACACGCCCCUGGUCAAAACCAUCGUGGAGUUUCACAUGGAGUCUGAAGCCCAAGCCUUGGUCAGAGUGGAGAGGAACAACAGCGGCCCCAGCCGCCUCGUCCUCAGCAAGUGCUCCAGCAGCGGCAGCAGCCUGCGCAUCCACCUGCUCCACAGGCUCUCCUUCUUGGUCAACACCCUAGCAAAAAAAGUCAUGAACCUCCUUGUGCCAGCCCUGCCCCAAAUGGUGAAAACUGAGCUAUGCCCUGUGAUUGAGGCUGCCUUUGAUGACAUGUAUGCAGACCUCCUGAAGCUGGUGAAGGUGCCCAUUCCCCUCAGUCCUGGAGGCCUGCAGUUUGACCCUCUGACUCUCACCAUUGAGGAAAGUGUCAUCCAGCUCAAUCUAGAGGCCAAGGUGCUGGACUCAAAGGGCAAGGUGACCUCAAGGUUCAACAGCUUGGAGACAGCCCUGAUGGUGCCCACCCCUAGCAAUGCCGCUUUCAGCCUCCUCCUACGGCAGGAUGUGGUGAAUGCCAUGGUAGCCGCCUUGCUGCCUUCGGAAAAACUUGUGAUCCUGCUGGAUUAUGUGCUUCCAGAAGUGGCCCGUGAGCUGAAGUCGAGCCUUGAGAAGAUCAGUAAACAGAUUGCGGAUAAACUGGACAACACCCAGAUGGUCAAGAUGGUGGUUCAGGAAGUUCCCUACCUCCACCUGACCCCAGGCAGCACCAAGGCAGCCCAACAAAUCAUCAUGGAUAUUUUCGCCACAAAUAGAGACCUCCACCCACUCUUCACCCUGGGCAUCGAAGCCAAUUCGGAAGUUCAGUUUUACAGUGAAGGUGACCGUCUUAUGCUCAACUUUAAUGACAUCAGUUUUGAUCGGAUCCAACUUAUGAACUCGGAUAUUGGCAUAUUCAGCCCUGAACUUCUGAAAGAUGUCAUCAGAAAGAUCCUCCACGCUGAGCUGCUGCCAAACCAGAACAGCAAAUUGAGAACUGGGAUCCCUCUGUCAAUCGUGUCAGCCUUGAGAUAUGAGGCAGCUCACUGGUCUUCGGCCCAGGAUACCCUCAUGCUGACCCCAGACUCAAACUCCUUCUAGACCCGGACUCUCUGCUCUCCAGUGACAACUUGGAUGGUGGCCACCCAGGCCAGCCCCAAUCGCACCUGGGAGUGUGGGACAAGCUCUGUGUACCGUUCUUUUCUGCAAUCAAUAAACGCUUGCCUGUG